AUGAGUCACUGGCUCAAUCGCGUUCGCUCGGAGCCUACCUCUGCGCCCGCAGUUAUUAGCGGCGCCCAGACAUGGCCGCCGCAAACUCCUCUGACUCCUGCGAUGGCAGUCAAAUUCAGGGAUCCAAAUGCUCCAGACUAUCGCUAUCAAGUCAAUCAGAAAUGUAUCUAUGAGCGCCGAUUGCCCGGGGGCUCCUAUAUCACCGCCCACGUUCAGCGCCUCCAGUCUGGAUUUUACGACAGCCCCGUCAUUCACGAGGAACGUAUCGAGAAUGUCCGUUUUGUUGCCAUUAAUUUCGUCUUCCACCCUAGUCGCACUACCUUCCGCUUUAAGUCGGCCGAGAUCGACAUCGCUCUUCACCACACCGCCGAGGACAACAAGAAUCCCCUCCAGAUGGUUACGGGGAUGGUGCCAAGUAGACACACGAGUCACGAUCAUGGCACUCAGACUGAUAACAUGCCCAACGCACUGGCCAAAAGUACUGGCUGUCUUCCAAGACCUAUCAAACCAUCUCGUCCAAGGUUCCUCCGCCAUGCGCCUCAUCUGCUUUACGGAGCCAUCAGCCCGGAGACUUUGAAUUGGAAUUUCAACCUCGCUGGCUCUUUGGGUGUCUCUCAAGGCCCCGCUAAUGCGUCUAUCAAACCCUCUUACGGUGUCAAGAGCAGCUACAAGGUGUAUGAAAUGAUGAAAAUCCAGGGUUCUGUCCGAACACUGCGAUCCUGGUAUGGCCACGAGUAUGACAUUGAAGAUGGAGAGAUGGUUUGGACCCUUGAGGAAAACAGGCUUCAAAAGUCCGGAUUGCCAAGAGAAUUCACAUUCGUCAUGCUACUCACCAAAGGCAGUGGCGGAUUUGAAGAGACUGGCGACGUCAGGCUUGAGAUCGAUGUCCACCCCAAAGUUACUGGGAGAUUAGGAGCAACCUACCCAAGCCUAGUGACGAAUAUGCAUCAAUUCCGACCUUUUAAGAGUGGGAUCUUGGAUCUUGAUCAAGAAAUCGGCCAAGUAUUCGAGCCCCAAAUCAAGGGGAAAGGCUUCAACUUUGCCAAUAUCGCGAGCAGCUUCGACGAUUUUGUUUUCCUCCCAGGCACGACAUAUUCGACAUCAGACAGCGGUAUGCCUCAGUCGCCAACCAGUGGCGGUGGCAGUGCUCAACAGCAGCAAGCGCAGCAGCAGUCUCCCCAGGGCGGUAAUCGGCAACAACAGCAAAGUUCAAAGAACCACCCAGCCCUUCCCUCAGGCGACACGACGCUGAAUCUGCGCGUGUUCCUAGAAACAUCCCGCGGAAGUCCUGUUCCCUUUGCCAACCAAAUGAUACAGCAGCAAUUGCCUUAUCUAAAUCUUAAGCCUCCGUCCCGCCACCCUUCCCGUACGCAAUCACCGCUUCCUCCUUCCAUCAAUGGCUCGCGCAACUCGACACGGCGCACAAUAACAAUUGCAUCGACAAAGUCUCUGCGCAAGCGACCUUCUCGAUCCGAACUUUCAAAGGAAUACCACUCGUCGCCGGCGGAAUCGAAGGCGCAACAGCAACCACAGAUCGUCCGUGACCGCGACCAUCCAGUCACACGAAGAGAAAGGACCGCUCCCACUCCCACCCGCCCUUUUUCGUAUCAGGAGGAGUAUCAAGACGAAGAAGAGGAAUAUCAUCGAGACCACGACCACGGUACUCAGGUGUCACCGCUCCGUAGUUCGCAACGCAGUUCGCCGCCUGAGACGCUCGGCCGGUCCAGCACAGAAUAUACCACGCCACCGUCACAAGUUUCUCAGCCUGUACGAUUACCACGGCAGUCAGAGCAGAUAUGA